AACGAAACGAGACACUCACAGAGAUAAGGGACAGAAUCGGCAACCUCCAGCCACCAGCCAUGGCUACCGCCAUACCAUCCUCCUCCCUCCAAAUCUCCACGCCCUUCUCAUCGACCUCCCCGCGUAAGCCCCACGCGCCCAAGCCCUACCUCCCCUUCCCCGCCCGAGCCACCGACUCCGACGAGCCCCCCUCCGAGGCGGCCUCCACCGCAACCGAUUCCGGAUCCGAGCCCCAAGGCGACCCGUUCGAGAGCCGGCUCUCGCGGGUCCGGCUCCGGUACCGGAGCGGGACCGGGAAGAAGGCGGAGGUCCGCAAGGUGAAGAAGUCCAAGAGAGGAUCGUCUCCGUCCGGCACCGGCGGAAUGUACCUGCCCCCCGUGGCCCUGAAGGAGCCGGUGUCGGAGGGGCUGAAGGUGGAGUUCGGGUUCACCCCCUACAGCGAGAGGAUGAACGGGAGGAUAGCGAUCCUGGGACUGACCGCGCUGCUGCUGGUGGAGCUGGCGACGGGGAAGAGCGUGAUCCGCUACCACACGCCGGCGAUCUUGCUGAUCCAGGUGUACUUCGUGGCGGCGGUGGCGGCGCUGUACGCGAAGUACGAGAAGGAGAGAGGGAGCGUCUGGCCCCAAUCUCCCGAUAAAUGACAGGCGACUGCGAGGGGCGGCGAGGGGCGGCGAUUGUUUUUUCGUUUCUCCUGUGUAUAACAACUACACGUUUGCUUUUUACGCUCAGCAGCUUCUCUUUAGAUUUGGAGUUUGGCUUAUCGUUCUUUCGUGAGCUGCUGUUGCCACGUUCAGACAAAGGCGAAGGGCAAUGACCAAUAAAGAAGACGAUUACGAAUGAUUAUGAAAACCAACAUUGAAGUUGAUGCUUGUAAGAAAUCAUAGUUUUCCAAGAAUUCAAAGGCGAUCCCCUUGAGAAGA